AUGCUCUCUUUGCGAGAGUUUAUCCUAAGGUAUCAACACCGACAAGUUUAUCAACAGUUGAUAAGCGAUAACAAUUUCGGGAAUGAAACUGACAGGCUUUGCAAUGAUAUAUUGUUACAUUCCUUAGAAGUUCAUCGGCAAACACCUUCUCACCUUUUGUAUUCUGCUGAGUUCGAAGAUCAUGAUAAACUUAUUGAUCGUAUCGUACAAUAUUUUGCAAGUAAUGAUACUGUUGAUGCUCUUACGAUCGCUUAUAUACAUGGAAAUCAAAUCAGAAAUGCAAGUAAUAGUCUUGUUUGCACAGGUAUAAGUAUACCAGUACAACUUCUGAAGAGUCCGUUGUUUCGUAUGAUUCAUGCAAUAUUGGGUCCCGAAUCAUUCUUGCUGUUGAUUUUGCAGUACAGUGCACACUUAAAAAGUACACAUCAGAAAUUAUGGGGCCCUUUGAAGGAGCUGUCUUAUUUAAGGAAGGGGUUGGAUUACAGAUCGAUAAAUUUCAAAUCCAUGAUGUAUAAAGAAGAAUAUAAUCUUGAUGGAUUGGAGCCACUUCCCAAUGGUCCGAGGGCUUGUCUAAAUGAAAUAUUUGGUGCUGAACUUUCUUCCAAAAAUCAUCUUCCUAAACGGUAUAGGAAAUUAUCAAAACUGAUUGGCAUAGUGAUCAAGAACCAUUCCCAUUUCAAAUGCGAGUAUCCUUAUAUUUUGGAUUCGGUUUGUGGUCAGGUUCAUUUGAAAGGUGAUAAUUAUUUGAAAAUGGCAACCAAAAAGCAGCAUAUUGUACGCUUUCUUCUAAUAAUAAUUGAUAAAUUGUUUCCAUUGGAACACGUUGGCUGCAAUUAUAAUAAACGGUUGUUGUGUGAUGCAAUUUCACUGUUUGUAAAUGUGCGAUUUGGUGAGUUCAUUGAUGUUAAAACACUUAUUAAUGGUAUGAAGCUAACCGAAAUUAGUUGGGUAAAGCCUCAAGCAUCAAUGAAGAUGACGAAGCAAGAGUUUUGUCGAGCGUCACAGAUGUUUGAGACAUAUAUAAAAUGGUUCUUUGGGUGCUUUCUCUGCAAACUCAUUGGUUCAUUUUUUCAUGUUACAGAGGCAUCACAGUCAACAAAGUUAUAUUAUUAUCGUCAUGAAUGUUGGAAGAGUAUAUCUUCCAGGUUCAGACGACGGUAUUUCUCAGCUCACCUUCAAAAGGUAGAAUAUGCACAUUCUUCGUUUAAAAGCUUUUUUGAUAACGAUACGUUUCUUGCCAAGAUGAAGAUACUUCCAAAGCCCCAUGACUUUCGUUUAAUUGCCGCCCCUUACAAAGGAAAUCAAGAAGAAGAAUUUGCAUAUACGGAAUAUCAAGCAAAACUUAUGAAGCCAGUUGGGCGGAUACUACGUUCUCUGAAGGCUGAAAAUUCCAUAUUUUCUGUUGCUGAUCUGGUGGGUCGUGUUGCCAGAUAUCGGCAGGAUCUUAUUUCCCGCUAUCGGUGUGUUCCGAAAGUAUAUGCCCUAAAAUUGGAUGUUAAGAGUGCGUACGACUAUCUACCGAUUGAUUUAGUUGAAAAUGUUGUUAAGGCAAAGCUUGACAAGCACUAUCCUCUUGACAACAUCUGUGUGAAUCAAUAUAGAGUUGUGAGAAAUAAAUACAUAACUUCAAAGAGAUGUUCUGUCGUCUUCAACUCCUCCCUAGAACAAAAGAUCCCAAAGGCAAAUAAUUGUAAUAUUAUUGUUCAGAAUGAAACGCCAAUUGUAUUAUCAAAAUCCGAUAUUAUUGAUUUUGUCCAUAAGCAAUUGAAUGAAACCUCAAUUUUGUAUCACGGUGUCACAUACUGCAGGAAGAAUGGCGUUUUCCAAGGAUUUCAAUUAUCUGGUGUUUUUUUUGACUUGGUUUACGAUGAUGUUACUGAAUUUUUCAGGAAUGUGAUUCCAGAUGUAGAUAAACAAGAAACUCUGGUAUUGCGUUUGGUUGAUGAUUUCUUAUUUCUUUCAACCAGUAAGCGUGCAAUUCAAACAAUUCGCAAGUUGACUUGCAGACCCAUCGAAAAGUUUAAUUUGCAUAUUAAUCACUUGAAAACGAAAUAUUCUGAGACGGAGUUACAGUUUGUUGGUUUGAAUUUGGACCUGGCAUCAAUGUCCUUUACCAAAGGUAUUGACACAUACAGAACGGAUGCCUUACCUAUGCUUUCAUUUCCGAAGCUAUUUAGAAGAAUGGAGUAUACUUUUGCUACAAAUUUGAACAGUCCUCUUUUUGACAUAAAUGCCAGCAGUCAAGAGAAUGUUGAAGAAAACAUAAAAAAUAUUUUGCAGGCAUUUACACUGAGAUUCAUUUCCUCGUACAAGCUGAUGCAUAAAAGAGAGAACUGUCUUAAAGCAGAAUUUGAUUUGUUUGUUAAAAAUUUGAUUGAUCUUGUUAAUACAAGAGUUAACCUUCAGUCCAUGGAUCUUGCCUAUUCUGCUCUUGAGAAACCAAUUAUGGGACUAAUUCAGUCGAAACGAAUUACAUUUAAAUGA